CUCUCCUCCCUCCCCUGUCACAGCUGUAGAUCUGUGCUCUUCUCCUGGGUUCCUGUGCUAAUUAUAUAAACGUGUGAACUCGCUGCAGAUCCCAGAGGCCGGAGAAGCGUUCGACCCCACCAAACGAGGAUGAGGUUGCUAUGGAAACUGCUGGCGUUUCGCUGGUUCGUGUGUCUGGCAGAUGAGCUGACCCUGCAGGGCCCGGUGUUCACCCAGGAGCCAUCCAAUAUUGUCUUUCCUCUGGACUCCGAAGAUCGGACGUUGCGGCUUGUGUGUGAGGCUCAGGGCCACCCCAAACCUGUCACGCGGUGGAGAGUGAACGGCACCCUUUUAGAUGAAGCCCAGGAUUAUCGCUACCGAAUUCUAGACAGAAGUUUGAUCAUCAAUUCUCCGGAUCGGGACCGAGAUGUCGGCAUCUUUCAAUGUGAAGCCACCAAUUCGGUGGGGACCAUCCUGAGCCGCAAGGCUAGCCUCCAGUUCGCUUAUCUCGAUUCAUUCCAGACCAGGACCAGGAGCACGGUGUCUGUGCGCGAGGGUCAGGGCAUGGUGCUGCUGUGCGGUCCACCCCCUCAUUCUGGAGAGCUGGUUUAUGCCUGGAUCUUUAAUGAGUACCCGCCAUUCGUGCAGCAGGACAACCGCAGGUUUGUGUCCCAGGUCACGGGAAACCUCUACAUCGCCAAAGUGGAGCCUUCUGAUGCCGGAAAUUAUACUUGUGUUGUGACAAACACGGUGACCAACACGCGGGAGCUGGGCCCCAGCACGCCGCUUACCCUUCGUACCGACGGUAUCAUGGGAGAGUACGAGCCCAAAAUCGAGGUCCAUUUUCCAGAGUCUGUAAUUGCAGCAAAGGGGUCUACGGUUAAAUUGGAAUGUUUUGCAUUGGGCAACCCAGUCCCCACCAUCACCUGGAGGAGGGCAGACGGCAAAAGCAUAUCUCGAAAAGUAAGGCGGCACCGCUCCAGCGGGGUAUUGGAGAUCCCCAACUUCCAGCAAGAAGACGCCGGACCUUACGAAUGCGUUGCCGAGAAUACACGGGGGAAGAACAUGGUGCGAGGGCAGCUCACAUAUUUUGCUCCUCCAAGCUGGGUCCAGAAGAUUAAUGAUGCCCACAUUGCAAUAGAAGAAAACAUUUUACUGGAAUGUAAAGCCAGCGGGCGACCGAAGCCGACCUAUACCUGGCUGAAGAACGGGCAGCGGCUUCAGAGCAAGGGACGCCUCCAGAUUGAGCACGGAGGCCUGACCAUCACGUCCGUGAACAGCUCAGAUUCCGGAAUGUAUCAGUGCCUGGCCGAAAAUAAACACGGAACCAUUUACUCCAGCGCCGAGCUGAGGGUUAUCGCGGUCGGCCCCGAUUUCUCCGGUGUGUUCGUCAGAAGAGUGACCCUGGGAAAAGUGGGAGGAUUCGUUCUCAUUGAGUGCAAACCAAGAGCGUCUCCCAAACCAGCCAUCACAUGGAGAAAGGGACGGGACCCUCUGCGGCCGAAUGCCAGUGAUCGCGGUUACUUCUACUUCAAUGGCGAUGGUUUCUUUAUAUCAGAGUGUAGACCGGCUUCUACUAUGAUUCCCUUUCACCGCUGCGGCUGCAUUGUCGUCCUUGUGGCUCAGUCUCGCACGGCUCUCACCGGGAAGCACAACCAACCCUCGGCGUGCUCCGCCGUAGCCUUUCAUCUCGGCUCCCGCCAUGUCUUCCUCAAGUUGUUGCUGCGGAGCGCCUUUAAUGUCUUUGAAGUGUCAACAUCCAUCUCACGGAUUGUAAUGUUUUAUUGUCCUGUGUCAGACCCCACGCAGGUCCUGGUCCCCCCGUCCAGCAUGGACGUCACGGUAGGAGAGAGCAUCGUCCUGCCCUGCCAGGUCUCACACGACCACUCACUGGACAUCUCCUUCUCCUGGGUCUUCAACGGGCAACUCAUCGACUUUCAGAAGGACGGGGAACACUUUGAGCGGGUGGGAGGACAAGACUCCGCCGGAGAUUUAAUGAUAAGGAGCAUCCAGCUGAAGCAUGCUGGGAAAUAUAUCUGCCUGGUCCACACCAGCGUAGAUAAGCUAUCAGCAGGAGCCGAUCUCAUAGUCCGAGGACCUCCCGGUCCGCCAGAUGCGCUUACUGUGGAGGAGAUCACUGACACCACCGCACAGCUAUCAUGGAUGCCGGGAGUGGACAAUCACAGCCCCAUUACUAUGUAUGUCGUCCAGGCCCGGACACCCUUCUCAGUGGGGUGGCAAGCAGUCAGCACAGUGCCGGAGGUGGUGGAUGGGCGAUCGUUCACAGCCACUGUGGUUGGUCUGAGUCCAUGGGUCGAGUAUGAAUUCCGUGUCAUCGCCAUCAACCAGAUUGGCAUUGGAGAGCCGAGUCCCCCAUCGGAUAAGAGAAGGACGGAGGAAGCUCUUCCGGAGGUGACUCCAGCCAAUGUGAGCGGAGGAGGUGGCAGCAAGAAUGAACUUGUCAUCACGUGGGAGCCGGUCCCUGAGGAAUACCAGAACGGUGGGGGUUUUGGUUACGUGGUGGCUUUUCGGCCCUUUGGAACGAUCAGCUGGAUGCAGACCGUUGUAGCUUCAGCGGAUGCCGCGCGCUACGUCUACAGGAAUGAGAGCCUGCCGUCUUUCUCUCCAUACGAGGUGAAGGUCGGUGUGUUCAACAACAGGGGAGAGGGGCCCUUCAGCCCCCUGACUGUGGUCUACACUGCUGAGGAAGAGCCAAAUCGGGCCCCCGCAGGGGUAGUGGCCCGGAGCCUGACUGCCUGGGACAUCGAGGUGUCAUGGAUUCCAGUACCGAGUAGCCUUAGCAAGGGGAGGAUCCAGGGAUAUGAGGUCCGUUUUUGGAAGCAGAACGAGAAGGAGCAGAGCGCACGCAAACUACGAACUCUGGGAAACCAAACAUCCACCAAACUCAGCCAUCUACAAGGGCACACGCUCUAUUACCUAAAUGUACGGGCAUACAACAGUGCGGGCACCGGCCCUGCCAGCCCUACGGCCAAUGUGACCACCAGAAAGCCACCUCCAAGUCAGCCUCCAGGAAACAUCGUCUGGAACUCUUCAAACUCCAAGAUUAUCCUGAACUGGGAUCAGGUGACUGCGCAGGAAGACGAGUCCGAGGUGAAAGGGUACAGAGUCUUCUAUCGGUGGAACCGCCAGGCUGGAGCCACCAUGAUCGAGACCAAUCAGACCUCAGUGGAACUUUCUCUUCCCUACGAUGAGGAUUACGUCAUUGAGAUCCGACCAAUCAGCGACGGAGGAGAGGGCAGAAGCAGCGAACCAAUCCGCAUUCCUCGGAUAUCCAAUGCCUACGCACAAGGAUCAGGUGCUUCCACGUCAAAUGCCUGCACUUUAUCUGCCAUCAGCACCUUAAUGAUCUCCCUCACUGCGCGCUCCAGUUUAUGACCUCGAGCCUGCCACAUCCCCCAGAGACUCCCUAUUUACUCUCGGACGGUGGACCGCGAUUAUCCUCCACGCAGCGAUGGCUCCGUAGGAAUAUCCGGAGAUAGCCCUCAGCUUUUUGAGCUUCCUCCUCUCCUCUCCUGGGGGAGGAUUCUUAUGCACUGACGACAUCUGGAAUACGAUGUUACCAAAGCAGUUUACAUGCCGUAUAUGCAUAUUUUUUAUUAUUAAUAUCUAGUGUUUUAUAGAGUUUUUUAAGGUUAACAUGAUGUAGAUAUCUACGUUUUUUGCUGUAAAAUGCUGCAGGUGUCAUUCAAAUCUUUUCUGUCCUUCCUCUCCUUACGUAACGAAUAAUUACCCAGGACUAUAAUAUUUUAUAGAUUGUAAUCUAUUUCUAUGUCACACAACCUGAACCCAGCUAGACGGCGUCGCAAGUUCCGCAAGACCAAUCAUCAAUGCCAUUUUUCUGGACCCUUUGAGAAAAAGUCGGUGUAGGCUUCAGUGGGUGCGGGGGGACAAGACUUUUU